AUUUCAAGUUAAUAGUGAGCGCGUGGAAGGGAAUCGUAAUGUACAAAACGUGUAUUUCUGAACGUUCAACCCUCCAAUAAACCACUGCCCGCCCUCUCCCUCUGUAAACGCAUACCUUGAAAAAGUUGUCGGGAAAGGAAUAAUGGGUUAGAAAAAAGCCAAAUUCCAAAGAUUUAAUAGGAUACCAAGAAUCAGAAAGAUAGUUGUCUUACCCUAGAAAGAUGAAAAUCAGGUAUGGAAUUUUCUGGAUUUCUCUCUUGUUGCUCUGCGAAUUUUUCUGGAAUUAUAUGCGAAACUCCUUUUUAUUAUUCCGCGAAUCAUUAUCGCCAUAUAUUACAGAUGUAAAAGCAAUGGCAGCCACCCCUGCUGAUGUAAGAGAGAAUCCGAACUCUUACGUGUUCGUGAUGAACAUGCNUGNNAUGAAAUUGUGGAAAAUUAAGGUGCAGGUGGAGGACCAUGUCUUAACAGUUAACGGCGAGAGGAAGAGGGAGGAGAAAGAAGGAAUUGAGUAUUUGAAGAUGGAGAGAAGAAUGGGAAAGUUCAUGCGCAAGUUUCCCCUCCCGCACAAUGCCAAUACUGUUGCUGAUGCCAUGUUUGCCCUAUACCAGGAUGGUGUGCUCACCGUCACAGUCAACAAAUUGCCUCCUCCUGGCCCAAAGCGGACAAUAUCUUACCAUGUGUGGAGUUCUAUGUGUGUGCCGAACCUACCCAACAGUGGUAUCAGAGCCCGUGGUUCAGGUCUGUUGACCGGGCUCAGACAAGUACACCCCCUCAUGAUCAGGUGAGCCAGGAAGGAGGCCGGUGGCGGAUCACCGGAUGAAUCACGAGAGGGGGGGAGAGCAAGAGAAAUGCUCAGUGUUGUGACUGGGCUCAGACGAGUACGCCUCCUCAUGAUCAGGUGAACCAUGACCAUGGUGUACUCGGGAUGACAAGACCGACUUCCGCAACGAGGGAGGAAGGAGA